AUGAAGUCUGGGUUAGAAGAUUUGAUGAAGUCUUUCAUUGUCAAGAUAGAUGAGAGCCUAGAUGCUCAUGGUGCAGCUAUCAAAGAACUUGGGACAAGUUUGAGAAACCUGGAGAGACAAGUGGGACAAAUUGCAAAUAUAUUGUCUGAGAGAAUCCCAGGUACUCUCCCAGCUGAUACUAAGAAGAAUCCCAAAGAAACGGUAAAUGCUGUGACCUUGAGAAGCGGGCAAGUGUUGAAAGAACCUAAUCCAGUCCAAAAAGAGGUGACACCUGAAAAAGGAAGUGGGAAGGAUCUGAAAAUUGAAGAUGAUAAGAAGAAGAAAGGCAAGAACGGAGCUGAGAAAAAGAUGAAGGAAGAAACUUCAAGAAGGGAGGAACAUGAUGUGAGCGAGCAUAUGCCUGCUAUACCUUUCCCGCAAAUCUCUAUAAAGACUACCUGGACAAGCAUUCUUGAAGAAGAUCCUUACAAAGAAGAGGAAGAUAGAAGAGACCUCAGUGGUCAAGCUCACAGAGCAUUGCAGUGCAAUCUUGCAAAACAAACUCCCAUAAAACCGGAGAAUGAGCUUGGAGAGAUAAGGUCUGUACCAAUAUCUUUGCAGCUGGUAGAUCAGACAACUGUGAUACCCAAGGGGAUAGUUGAAGAUGUCUUAGUCCGGGUAGAAAAGUUCGUAUUUCCUGUAGACCUUAUAGUAGUGAAGAUGGAUGUGAACAAGGAGAUACCCCUCCUAGGAAGAUCAAUCUUAGCAACGGGUAGAGCCAUUUUAGAUAUACACGAGAGGAAGCUCAUGCUGAGAGUGGGUGAGGAGAUUGUAACCUUCAAGAUGGAUGUAGAAACAGGGGUGAAAUAG